AUGCAAUGUCACAAAUCAAUGGGCUUCGAAUUGGAACCACAUCCACCGCAUUCUCCAGCUUCCCCCAGCGACUUUUCUCUGUUCUCAGACCUCAAGAGAAUACUCGUUGGACAGAAAUUUUGCUCUGAUGAAGAGGUAAACGCCGAAACUGAUGCCUAUUUUGAGACUACAAAUCUUACUAUAAAAAUGGUUAUGAAUAUCAAAGUAUGA